AUGCCUCAUUUAAUGAAAAGCAUUAUUGAAACCAAGCUGUCUGCCAUUGCCUCAGGGAGGAAUUUUGCAUAUGUUGAGCCACCUAGGAGAGUUAAAGAAAUACUUGAAGAAGAGCUUUAUUUUUGGAAAGAAGCGUGCCGGGUUAAACAUCCAGCUGCAGUGGCUCUGGAAGGAAUUUGGAGCGUGAAAAAGUGUGUCUCCCUUGGAAGCCUGAAACCAGUGUCACAGAACAGAAAUGGUUUACUUUUACAGCCUCAAUUCUACUCAAGGCAUGCAGGAAAGAAAAUGAAAUGUAUUAACUUUGUAGUGGAAGGUGAAGGCUUCUAA